GGUUGAAUAGUUGAGUCAUUGCUAUGAGAAAUGUUCUUUGUGAAUUAUCUCUGAGUGCAUAAAGAAAGGUCUAUAGUACUUACUUUGGUGUUUUAAGUUUCACGAAGCAGUUAGUUAUUUUUUCUAACUAUGAACUGUUAUGAGAAGUGCUUGUUAACUAUUAAGAAUUUUACCAAACAGUUGUAUUGACAUGGCGACUUUGCUCUUAGCCAAUGAGAAGCGUUGUUCCAUAGCAAGUAGAGUAGAGCCAGCAGUUUCACCUCGUAAUUCGCGUCAGUGAGUCUAAUUUGUGCUUAGGGUUUAAUUUAUAAUAAAAGCAUUGCUGAAAAAUCGAUGUUUUGUGGACAAAUUACUAUUUAUUUAUGCCAGUUGUGAUAUGUGCUUGUGUUAUGGAUCAAAUAUAGUUUAAAUAUCCAGGUAAAGGUCACGUGACCUAACUGGUAAAAAUGGCGCAAAGAAGAGCCAGCAAACAUGGACUCCGUUUUGAUAAAGUUAUGUCAUUUCGAUUUGUUUACAAAUAUGUGUUCUCAUUACCCACGUGUAAAAUAACCUUUAGUGAUUGACAGUAUAUCAACAAAGAUGUCUGCGAGGGGUGUUAAGAGACGGGGUAGACCCCCCAAAUCGGUUGUAAUGGAAAGACCCAGAAAAUUUCAAUACCAUUUGUUAAAAAAGCCAAAAUAUCUGCUAAACAAUGAUAUGAAAGGUUCUGAUACUCCCAACUCACAAACCAGCACUCCAACUGCUUCAAGAGCAUCUUCUCCGAUAGGCAGUGAAAGUAGCCGAAGAAGUGGAAGAUCCAGAGGAAGACCUAAAUCUCUAAGAGGUAGAGGAGGGUCUUAUCAUAGAAGGGGUUAUAAUCCAGAUGCUAUUGAUGAGAAAGACAGUGAGUACCAUUAUGGAUCAGAUUUUGGCGAUGAAUCAAGUGGUAAAAGUGACCAUGAGGAUGAUAUUCUUCUGAGAAGUGAUAGUGAAUGUGAUGGGAGUGCGGGAGGCAAGGAUUAUCUAAGUGACAGUGAUUUCUCCCUUUCCAGCUUUAGCACAACAAGUGGAACGACUAGGAAAUCUAUUUUGAAUAGAAGACCUAGCCCAGAACCAUUUUGGCUUCAAAACAGAGACAUUCCUGUCUUGGAGCUGCCAAAAUCCUCUGAUGAUUUACUUAUUCCAAGAGACUUAGUGAUGCAAGCCUUGUCCAUUUAUGAGGUCUUGAGACAUUUUAGAAGCCUAGUAAGACUAUCACCAUUUAGAUUCGAAGAUUUUUGCGCUGUGUUAAUGUAUGAAGAUCAAAGCUAUCUUUUGGCUGAGAUACACAUUAUGUUACUAAAGGCCAUUUUGCGGGAAGAAGAUGCCCAGCAAACCCAUUUUGGACCCCUUGAUCAGAAAGAUAGUGUUAACGUUGUGUUGUUUUUCAUCGAUGCUAUGACUUGGCCAGAGGUCCUGAGGGCUUAUGUUGAAAGCGACAGACACUUUGAUUGUGAGGUUCUUAAAAUCUUCAACACUUGUGAAUAUCCAUUUACAGAUGUGGAGAACAGAUUGAAAGUUUUGCAAUUUCUCACUGAUCAGUUUCUUAUAACCAAUCCUGUUAGAGAAGAUUUAAUUCAUGAAGGCAGCUUCCAGUAUGAUGACCAUUGCCGCAUCUGCCACCGGGUUGGAGAUUUACUCUGCUGUGAAACUUGCCCUGCAGUGUUUCAUUUGGAGUGUGUUGACCCUCCGCUGGUUGACGUUCCUCAAGAGGAUUGGCAGUGCAACCUGUGUAAAGCACACAAGGUUGUUGGAGUGGUUGAUUGUAUACCUGAUGUAGAGAAAUCAGGCCUUUUAUGUCGUCAGGAACAUCUAGGCUUUGAUCGCCAUGGUCGCAAGUAUUGGUUCCUUACUCGAAGGAUAUUUGUGGAGAGUGAGGAUGGAGAUGCUUGGUAUUACUCGACACCUGCUCAGCUUGAUGAGUUAUUGGAGACAUUGGACCCAAAAGAAUAUGAAGCACAGCUCUGUCGGGAAAUAAGUGAUUUCAAGGAUGAAAUCAUCAGACAAAUGGAGCUAACUGAGAAAAUAACUAACCAGCACAAGGGAAAUAAAAAGUCUUAUUUGGAAACUGAGAACAACAAUCUAAUCAAACUACAAAAAGAACGAAUAGAAAGGAAAAUUAAGGAAGAAGAGGAGAAAAAGAGACAAGAAGAAGAAGAAAAGAAAGAAAAAGAAAGGAAGGAAGAAGAAGAAAAGAAAAGAGUAGAAGAAGAUAAAAAAGAAAAAGAAAGACAAGAUGUUGAAGACAUGGUGAGACAGAUGCAUGAAGAGUCUGCUGGGUUUCCUGGGGACCCAGAUAACAUUGGAGAUCUUACUGUUGUGACAACAGAAACUGUAUGCAGCUCCAUAGAAACUGAGGUUGUAACUGACACCACUGAAAUAACAACAGAAAUGACAACAACUACUACCACAACCACUACUUCAGUUUCAUCUGGGGAUGGAUCUCAGGCUGAUAAGAUGGAGGACGAUGAUGAAACUGAUUCAUCUCCAAAUGAUUCAGAAGAAGGAUUCACAAAAAUUGGAAAAGACGGUAAGAAACACAUAAUUGUUACAAGGUCCAAGACAGGAUCCUUACAGCCAAGAACCUUUAACAUAGAUGAUCUGAAGAGGAGAAGUGCUGCUGGGGACAAGGUGGGAGAACGCAAGGAUCCAUCUACUCCUGACACAGAGUCAGGCAGUAGGCUGACUAGGCUCAAGGCUCAGCAGAUUGCCUCAGGAACUCAUCUUUUUAAACUUGGAAUGGAGAAUGGUUUUAAAACUUAUGUAAAUCAAUAUAGCACCAACAUUGCAGCUUUAAACAAACAACAGCGCAACGAAGAGAGAGAUAAAAAGAGGCAUUUGUCUCAUAAGUUCUCACUCACGCAGGCAUCAGAGUUCAAGUGGGCUGGUGCUUACUACGGCAGUAGAGCACAGCUGGUUAACACUCUGCGUCAGACAAUGUUGUCCUUAGAAAACAACAUACAAAGUGCGUUUAUGCAUGUCAACUGGCCGCAGCUGCGAAAACCUUGGAUCACGGCCGUCAGUUCAUGUGUCAAUGCACGUGACUUUGCACGGGCCAUCAUUGUUUUACAGGCAUGCAUAAAACCUGUGGUGUAUGCACCUGUUUGGAGCGAUCAAUUGGGUCACUUUAAACUUCAGAGAUUGACAGCUGUUGAGAGGGAAGACAGGAAAAGAAUUGAAAAGAAAGAGAAGAAAGAAAAAGAUGAAGAAGAAGAAAGGAACCGACUUACAUAUAACUUUGUCAAGUAUACAUUAGGCUUAAAGCACCAGGUGUGGAAACAAAAAGGCGAGGAGUACAGAGUGCAUGGGCAAUGGGGAUGGCUAUGGCUCUCGGGCAGUAGAAACUACAAGCUACUGGACCAUAGAACUUGUGGCCUCAGAGCAGGUCCUCAGAAAUACAUGGUGCGAGUCAAAGAUGAUAAAGGUGUUAAAAUCCUCUCGGUUGACCCCAGCACAUACAAGUUUCUUGAGGAUAAGAGACUAAAAGAAGAAGAAGGGAAUGACAAAGAGCCUUGUGAACCAAGCAAUGAAGAGAAGGACAAUACCGAGAGUCUAGAUUUAGAUGAGAAAAAAGAAACAGGAAGGAAUAACUUGAAAAAAGAAAAUGCUGGACUUAAAAAUCUGAAAGUGUUUGCUCCAAUAACUGAAUUUGAAGAAAUUGAUAUUUCAAAAGCUUUAACAACUCCUGGGCGGUUACAUUACCCAAAAGUUGCAAAGAAGUCAAAACUUGAUGAUUUUCUUGCAAGGAGAUCACACCUCAAAGUAAUUGAAGAAAGAAAUCUAGCCCAAAAGGGCUUAACAAUGUCCAAACAAGAAACAAAGAAACCUGAAUUGAAAUUGCCAAGAGAAUUAAAACUGGUGGAAGGAGUGAUAAGGACUAGCAAUAAUAACAAUAACAAGACACUAUUAGGAACUAUCGGGAGACGAGUGGCAACCAUCAAAUGCCAUUACGAAGCUCUUCAGAAGAUGAGUCGGGAGUUGCGGUGCUACGGUCAGAACUGCUCAGAGAAAGAUUCCAGCAGAUGUUAUUCCCCUGUCUGUUCUCAGCGCAUGCGACUUCGCAAAGAGUUGCUCUUAUUGCUGCGGAAAGCCAACAAUACACGCAACAAUAACAACUUGGUCUCUACAAACAAAGGAGAUGAAAUGAAAAAAGAUCCAGUGAACCAGGAAGAGGAUUUUAAAUCUGAAAACAAAUCUAGUUUGAUAAAAAAUAUGAAUAUGUCUAGUUCUACAUCAGAAACUGUCAAUAUAAAUAAUAUGUCUGAGAAAUUGAGAGAGGUUUUAGAGAGAAAACCCGUGAUUGAUCACAUCCCACAGGUUAAAGUAGAGAAAAAAAUAGAAUCUGAAGUAAUCAGUCCAAAGUUAGAACCUGUUACACCAGACUUGCUUGGAAAUGAUGUAUUUAAUGAAGUAGAGAUUACCUCAGAAGUUGAAGUUAGUACUUCCGAAGAUACUUCAAAACCAGACGUCAAAGAAGAACCGAUGGAAGUUAACGAGGCUGUCUAUGACAAUCAAUCUAUGGACUCUAUAUCAACAGCUGAUCAAGAAAUAUCGAAUGAAGAUCCUAAUAUAAUUCAAGAUACUUCUUCAUGUGACGCUGGCCCCGGUGUUAAAGUACCUGAUAACGAUCUCUUGCAAGAUUCAUCAAGAUGUUCAGACUUUACUGUUUUUAAUGAUUCAAAUUCAAAUUUAGAUAAACAGUUCAUUUCAUCGGUUCUUUCUGAUGAUAAUUCUCAAAGCAGUGUAAGUAAACAUAAUUCAGAAGAUAUUGGUGAAGAAGUGGACAUAAUGACCAGUGAUAAGUGUGGUGUAAGUGUUUGUGAUAAAUCACGAAGGAUAGUCAAAAGUGAGGGUGCAAAUGAAAAAGUGGUGGUAACAACUACCACAACGACCACCACUACUUCUACUCAGCAAGUUACUACAGUAGACGGUGUGAUCAAGAGUUUUAGAACUACUGAAUCAGUUUCAUCUGAACACUCUAAAACUAUCAUGGGAAAGGGGCAAGGAAGUGUAACUGAAACUAAAAAUCAACAUGCCUCUGUGACAGUAAAGACGGAACCUGGUAAAGAGGUGACGGCCAAAGGUACUCUCAUCAGUUCUAUCAAAACCGAAGUGAAAACAGAGGACAAUCGGGUAUACUCUUGUUCAUCCACCAGAGGAAAGGUUUAUCUUAAGAAAGUAACACUGUCGUUGGCUGAUUGCAAAAGAAAGAAACGGCAGCAAGUGAAAUAUCCACAGUGUUCAACAUUUCACACUCGUAGCAAGAAAAAGAAUCUGUUGAUUUUACCUCAGCAUGAGCUACGCAAACUAGCUCGCCAUGCAGGCCGCCUACCAGUUGGAGGCUACAACCACUUAGCAAAGUCAAACCACCAGUGUUGGCCGUACCCGUGCUCCCGUCCAAUAUUCAAGACAUGUUGGCUGUACCGAACUGUCAACUUCAAAACUAUUGCUGCUGCUGCCCUACAGCUCAGGAUACUGUGGGCAUGUCUGCGGUGGGAUGACAUGCAGGUCAAACCACCAAAUGACGGCAAGAACCAAGUGACAACAGACACAGAGAUCAUGUCUACAGAAAUUCUCAGGUCUCGUCAUUUGGGCGAGUUUUGUGACCGAACCCAAUAUUUGGUGCGAAGGGUUGUCAUUCCACUAGAGCUGCCUAAAACUGUCCGAGAAGUAACCUCUAUUAGACUUGGCCUGCGCAAGAGGAAGCGUGAAGAGACACCUCAAAGCACUGAGCCCCAAGUGUCUGAGUCUUGGGUGGACGAGAAUAAGCUGGAACUGUGGGAGAUCAAACAGUUCGGAGAAAAAAUGGAGAGAGCCCAGACGAUUGCUGGUUCUGGUACUCGUUCUCGCAGUGUGGUAGCAGCUACAAAAACGGGCACUGUUGAGGUGAAAGUAGAAGCUAAAGCAACUCCUGAAGAAAUCAAGGAUAAGUUGGAGCAACAACUGAAGAUACAACGAGCUGCUCACCAACAGAAACGGACUGGAGACAAACCUGCAGUUACCCCCACUACUACGGCUCAGCAAGCCAUCAAGUUGGUGCCUAACUCUAGCCAACAAGAGGGGACAUUUAAGGUGGUUCACAAAGUUGCAAUUCCUCCAACACCAGCCAGCAAGAGUACCCUUACUUCUCUACUUACCUCCACUCCUACUAACACGGGCAAAGUGGUGGGGACACGUAGAAUAUUCAUGACCAAAAAUGUAGAUGGUACUACACGUAUGGUCACCAGUCCUGCGAACAUUCUCCCAAAGACAACCACCCCUGUCACCAACACUACUGCUGCUCAGUCCAUCAUUAAGGUCCAGUCUCAGCCCACCCAGCUGCUUCCUGCUCAAACCCAACAAAAGGUUCAGAUUAUGAAAAGUGCUGAUGGAAAACUUCAAGUUAAAGGACUUAUGCCGGGUCAACAAUUGGUGCAGAUGCCGGAUGGUAAGCUUCAUGUGUUCAGUGCUCCCACUGCCCCUGCAGGCUCAACCCGCCUAGCGUCUCCAGCCCCACAGCAGGUCACAGUGGUCAAGACCCCAGGCGGGGCUCUGCGUCAGCUCAGGCCUGUAACUACUACACCGGCGAAACCUGCUCAGACUGUGGUGCUGAGACAAGGUGUAUCCAAUGCCUCUCCUAUCAUCCAGAAGGUGUCAUCACAGCCAGGAACACAAACAGUGGUCAUGUCUGGUGGACAGGUCAUCAGUGGAAGCCAAAUCGUUGUCAGUGGUGCGAAUGCUACCCAGGUGGUUACUCAAGGGGGACAGCUUCUCAACACCAAUCAGAUCAUUGUCAGCAACCCGAGUCUUGUACAGCAACUAGCAUCAGGCAAGGCCACCCUCGCCACUAUCCAAGGUCAACAGGUGUUGAUAAGAGCAGCACCUCAGAUGAUUAAGACCCAAGGAGGCCAGACUGUCACAUCCCCUGCUCAGCCACAGAUCAAGACUGUCACCAAGGUAGUGUCUUCUGCUCAGACUGCUGCUCCCACCCCUGCCCCUGCGCCUCAGCCUCCUCAGUCCCCCCUGAAGAUGAGUGGUCAGCUGACACCAGAGCAGGAGGCAGCUCUGCUGGUGAACCAGCCACCAGGCACUGUGAUCAAAGCCAUCACAGCUCAGGUCAUACAGACUCCACAGGGUCCACGCAUCGUGCUGCAGGGACUAACCGGCUCAGACUUCACCCCACAGCAACUCACUUUGGUUCAGCAACAGGUCAAGCAGCAAUUGCUAAAAGCACAAGCAAUGGCUGGCAACCAAGGAGUGCUUGGCCCUACCAAGAUCUACCUAGCUGUUCAGCCCCCCCAGCCUGCCACCACAGCCACCCCUACGCCAGCUCCUGCCACUCCUGCUACCCCUCAGACUAAGGUGGUGGUACAACCAGUGACAGACAAUACCCCUGCAAGCGUGGGGGAGAGUGUGGUGUCGCCUCAGCAGAACAUGCUGAUGAAUGGCCAGCAGCAACUGAUGAGUCCCCCUAUAGGGUCAGCAGCCACUGCCUCUGCUACUAGUGCCUCACCCUUGCAGGCUGCAGCUUCUCCCAACAAGUUUGUAGUCACCCCUGACUACAUACAGCAGUCCAUCAAAAAUGCUUUAAAGCAAGAAAACCUGAAUCCGGAGAUAGAAGAAAAGUUACUUCAGUUGCAGAGGUACCAACAAGAGAAACAAGUUAAAAAAGAGGGCUCAACUCCUGUCGCCCCUACACCAGCUCCUACAGUCACUCCUGCGCCCCGACCCACCCCGUCUAGAAAACGUCCCUCAGCCGCCUCACAUCAUGAGCCUGCUGAUGGAGAAGUGCCCAAGAAGAAAGUCCAGAGAGUUGAUCAUCACAAGGAACCUAAGGGUGAGAAAAGUGGAGGGGGAGGAAAAGGCAGAUCCACCAAGUUGCAAGAAGAGAAAAAACGUCAGCAGAUUCAAACAAAGUUACAGGUCCUUCUAUUUAGGCAUAAAGAACUGUUGAAGAAGGAUAUAUUGAAAAAACGAGCCCUAUUAGAAAAAGAUCUACAAAUUCAAAUACAGCAAGAACUAACCCUGGAGUUGGCUGUCAGAGCCAAAGCUGACCGAGGGCGUCAGGAACUCUCCGACUCUCCUACCAAGGCAGAGAACCGCACCACAGGCAGCGCACGACGAAAGUCACAACCUGUCAACCCUCCAAAGAGUCGUGGGAAGACUACCAAGACCUCUGCCUCCACUCCAACGCCCCCCAGUAGCAAAGGCAACAAGAAGGAGAAACUCUUGUGUCUCUGCAGGACACCCUACGACGACACCAAGUUCUACGUGGGUUGUGACCUUUGUAACAAUUGGUUCCACGGUGACUGUGUUGGUAUUACCGAGGACAUGAGCAAGACACUGACUGAGUUUGUUUGUACCGAGUGUAGACACGCUAGAGACACCCAGGAGCUGUACUGUCUGUGCAAACAACCCUACGACGAGUCCCAGUUCUACAUCUGUUGCGACCGUUGCCAGGACUGGUUCCAUGGCCGCUGCGUUGGCAUACUACAGUCAGAAGCUGACAACAUUGAUGAGUAUGUGUGUCCCAACUGUCAGCGCAACUCGUCUAUCAACUUUGCCAACAUGAAGAAUCUCAACACCAAGGACUUUGAGGCCUUGAAAAAACUCAUCAAACAAAUACAAACCCACAAAAGUGCCUGGCCAUUCAUGGAGCCUGUUGAUCCAACCGAAGCACCAGAUUAUUACAAAGUAAUCAAGGAACCUAUGGACCUGCAAACCAUUGAGCUGAGGAUAACUGAAAGACAGUACAAGAAAUUAAGUGAAUUUAUUGGUGAUAUGACCAAGAUAUUUGACAACUGCCGGUAUUACAACCCAAAAGAAUCGCCAUUCUUCAAAUGUGCUGAGUCCUUGGAAGCGUAUUUUGUGCAGAAAGUGAAAGGUUUGAGAGACAAGUUGGUGGACAAUAAGUAGCAAGUGUAACUAUAUUUUGGGUAAGGUUUGUCAGUUUGAUCUCACCAAUAAAUAAAUCUUGAUUGAAAUUUCCUACCGAAGCACCUUGGUUUUGUAAGUAUAAUAUGUGUUGACUUAUUCGUAAGUAAUUAUUCAUUGAAUGAAUAUCAAAACCAAUGACUUAAUUCAAACCAUGCAUUUUCAAAGUAGAACACCUGAUUUUGUAUUGAAUUUUAUACACCAAAGUUAAUGACAUUUUAAUUUAUUUAGAUUUUCCGAAUUGGAAACAUUGCCUUAUAUAAAUAUUUGUAGAUCAGUAAGUAUCAGGUUCUGUCGAACAACUGUGUCGGUUCAUGAACAUUUGGUUUAGGACAGGCAGUUUGUAAAAAUAUUGACAGGGUUACUGUGUGUAAAUAGUUUGUACAAAUGUAACAUAAGGUAAAUUAUUACUAGAUUACAAUAUUGACUCUUAGAGUAUUAGUUGUACAAAGAAGAGACAAGGCAGUUCUUUUUAAAAUCGUGAUAAGAAGAAAUAUGACUUCUGAGAGAACUUGUGUAUGUGAUAGCUAUUUUAUUUUAUAUUUUAUAUUGUAUUGCAUCAAAUAAAUCCCGUUCAUAAAAUUCCUCGCUGUUAGUUUUUUAAUUACAAAUUAAUAUUAUUUACAUGUUUUACGGCUUAUAUGAUUCUAUGUUGAACUUUAGAUGUCCAUUUGGCAUUUAUUUAUUAUCUAAUUUAUAAAACCCUAAAGGCCGCUGUUUAUCCUAAACAUUCCUAUUUUCAGCACCUGUACACUGUACAGUGACAUAUUCCAAUUAAAUUGGCUUUCCUCAGUUUAAACUUACCUUCCCUUAAAUAUUUCCCCUAUAAAUCCUUAAAAGAAGGUUUUCAAAGGAAGAUAAAAGUUUAUACUGGAUAUAGCUUAGGGUAAUGGUUACUUUUUGAUGACCAAUAUGCUGUUUUAGUCAAAUAUACAGGAAGAUAAAAAGGGUUUAGGACAAGAGAAACACAGCUAGGAUCUUUUAUAUCUAAUUGGAUUUUUUACUACAAUGCUUAAUUUAUUCUCCAAUCUCCAUGCUACUGUGAUACUUACUUUAAUUACAUAAACUAAUCUUUAAUUCUUUAAAGUGAGGAAGCAAUGAAAAGAAGUUUAUUCAAUUUUAUUUGUAUAUUUGAAUUUAACGUUGCUUAAUUUAUAUAACCUUACCUAAAUUUGUAUAAGUUUAACCCCAUUUUAAGUUGACAGAUUAAGUAGACAUGUUUUUUUAACACAUUUUUGCACGAAAGGCAAUGUUUAUUACUAAUUUUUAAUUAUUUGUAUAGCAGUAUAAAUGUUUUUCAGUUGUGUGCCAUUUCAUAUCAAUACAUGAUUUAUCUACAAUAAGUAAAUGUACCUUUAGUAUUUAAAAAACAAUUCUGGUACAACAUUGUGGUUAGUGGAUUAAUUUUUGUUAUGAUUUCUUAAGGAUGAUAAUUGAUAACAUUGUUAAACAUUUUUGGUUAAAAUCUAUGUUCAUUGGUUUGUAAUCAAUCUACUUACAGUUCUGUUAUAUCGUUAAUCUAAAAUGUUUUACAAAUGUAGACUGUAAUUUGUAAUAUAAUUAUUUGAAUUGUAUCAGAUCCCUCUAUUUUUGUCUUGUGAGAAUUACAAUGAAGAGGUCCCAUGGCCUUAGAGCUAAAAGCAGUUUUAGUCGAAGACCAUCCUAAAUUUCAUGAUCACUUUACAAGAAAUAAAAUCAAAGAUAAUUUGUAUAUUGGCUUACUCUAAAAACAACUAAAAAUUCUUUUUAUAACAAAAAUCUCACAUUUAUUUACAAAAAAAGUUGUAUAGCACUAUUUUUAAGAUUUUCAAAGUGUAUUGAAAAAUGUAUAUUUGAUUUGUUAUUUUAAUACUUGUAUAAUAUCAAAUUACUGUUAAUAGUUUGAAUUUCUCUGAAGUAAUAUUUUUGUACAGUCCAGAACUAUAUUUUGAAAGUAUAACCGAGUGAUGAAAUUGACGUAAUAUUCUAAGAGUGUAAAAAUGAUGUCUCAUAAUGUACAUAUAAUAUAUUAAAAGUAUUUGCAUAGCAGUUAAAUUUAGGACAAAACUUUUAUACAAAACUGUUAUUUAAACAAAUAUUUUCUAUGUAAAAUUCACAUUUUGAUCUUUACUUCUGUAUUCAACUUCUGGUUUAAGUUAAUCAAAUGGAUUUGUAUAAUAGAAUUGUGUGUUUUAGAUAUUAGGAUCUUGUUAAAAUAAAUCAUCUGGUGUACAU